AUGUCCACAACAGCAACAAUGGAGGUCUUCAUGACCAAGACCAAAACUCUGGACGACAAUGUGUCCGAGCAAGUACGUCUUGAAGACCAGCACGAAACAGUCAUCCACGCCAUGGGCGGCAAACCUUUGUUCGCUCCGGUGGACUUGUCUCGGCCAGGUCUCAAGGUCUUGGACUCAGGUUGUGCCAAUGGUCGUUGGUUGAAAGACCUGCAAGCUGCAUCUUCGGCUGAGCACGAGUAUGUCGGCACAGAUGUGGUCGAGUCUCUGUAUCCCAAGCCUCCGCCAAAGAACACGCAGUUCUUCGAUCAGUCAAUCAAAGAGUCCUGGCCAAAAGAAUGGGCGCGCACGUUUGAUGUGAUCCAUCAGAAACUAGUCAUGGCAGCUGCUCUGCCGGAGCAAAAUACAUCCAGCGUGGUCAACAGCUUUGCCGGUCUCCUCGCUCCUGCAGGCUGGCUGCAGAUGGUCGAGGUUGAUACUGAGCCUCUCGUGAACAACGGCAAGGCCCAGAACCAGUACAUCGAGAUGUUGGACACGCUGUACAACAAGCUCGGCUACGGCAAGUCUCGAAUCUUUGCCGAUCUGCCAAGUGAGAUGGAAAAGGCUGGCCUUAUCAAUGUUGAGAAGAAGGAUGUGCUCGUCAAAUAUGGCGCUGCCGUCAAGGAUGACGAGGACAUUGGAGUGAAAAGCUUGCGAACCGCCGUUGCCGGAGUGCCAAACUUCUUGUCUGUUUUGAAGGCCAUGCCAGACGCCUGGCGAGAGGAAUGGGACGACCUGCAAGAACGCCUCAAGCAAGAGCUCGCCGAGAGAGGGGGCCAGAUGAAGUACAUCGUCUGCUGGGGCCAGAAACCGUCUCCAUAG